GAUAUCUGUCGAGGCGGGGAAGGUUUUACGCAUGCGCUCUUCAAUGACCGGUGAACACAAUGGAGUCACGUAUUCUGAAGUCAAAUCGUCGUGAAAACUUGUCUGGAACCCCGGACUAAUUUCAACAUUAGCAGGUCUUGUGACCGAAACCGUGGCCGAGUCGCAUGUUGACCGUUGUUGCCUUUCAGCUGUACGGUAAUCGCUCCAGAUAUUGCUGAGCAAGUUCUAUGAGAUCACCUGCUAUAUCUAGAACACUGCUCGAACUCCCCCUUUCUUCUUGAAAUGUUUUUCAACUAUUUGGUUUCAAAGCAGAACAGUAGAAAACGUCCAACCGCAUUAAUCAUUUAAUAAUGUCAGAAGAGAACAUCGGAAGACGCAAGGAGAAGUGUGAGAAUUGCACUAAACAGUGCAACAAGAAGCAGAGUGGUGCAGGCGUUCGCUCCCUUCCGGAGGCAGAUGUAGCCAACAGAGAGGUCCCCGCCUCCUCGCCUACCCUCCAGCAGCAGGUGUUGCUGAGUGCCUGUCUGUCCUGUGAGGGCUGUGUGUCAGAGGAGGAGAGCCUAAAGAUCUCCCAACAGAACCUGGAGGAGGUGGCCCGGGUCCUGGGCCAGAACAAGAAGUGUGACGUCACCAAACACCAGGUCCUGGUGGUGUCAGUGUGUUCCCAGUCUCUGCCUUUCUUUGCUGUCAAGUUCGGUCUGGACAUUCCUGAGGCCACACGCAAACUCUGUGGCUUCCUCAAGAGCCUCGGGGUGCAGUAUGUGUUUGAUACCACUCUAGCUGCAGGCUUCAGUAUCCUGGAGAGCCAGAGAGAAUUUGUCCAGAGGUACCGCAAGAGGAACCAUGACAACCAGGCCCUACCCAUGUUCACCUCCUCCUGUCCAGGGUGGAUCCGGUAUGCUGAGCGUGUCCUGGGCAGUCUGGUCACUCCUCACAUCUGUACGGCCAGGUCUCCUCAACAGAUCAUGGGCUGUCUGGUUAAAGACUACUUCACCAAACUAAAGGUCAAUACGUUCAGCUGUUAUAACACUGCACAUCAGCAUCAGCUCCCUGACUGCAUGACCCAGCUCCCUGACUGCAUGACCCAGCUCCCUGACUGCAUGACCCAGCUCCCUGACUGCAUGACCCAGCUCCCUGACUGCAUGACCCAGCUCCCUGACUGCAUGACCCAGCUCCCUGACUGCAUGACCCAGCUCCCUGACUGCAUGACCCAGCUCCCUGACUGUAUGACCCAGCUGCACAUCAGCUUCAGCUCCCUGACUUCUGAAUGUGUGUGUGUUCCAGGGGAGGUGUUCCUCAUGAUGGAACAGAUGAAGGUGUCCGUAGCAGACCUGGACUCUGCCCCUCUAGACCACGUGCUGAGUGAGGCAGGGGGCCACGCCUUGGUGAGACAUGAGGGCAAAGGAUCCGAGGGCUUCCUGGAACACGUCUUCAAAUACGCUGCGAAGGAACUGUUUGGUCUGGAUGUAGACCAGAUCACAUACAAGACUCUCAGGAACCGUGACUUCCAGGAGGUGUGUCUGGAGCGGGAUGGGGAGGUGCUGCUGCAGUUUGCAUCCGUCUACGGCUUCAGGAACAUCCAGACUCUGGUCCACCGCAUGAGGACAGGACAAAUCCCCUACCAACUGGUGGAGGUGCUGUCAUGCCCAGGCGGCUGUGUGAGUGGUCGUGGGCAGGCGGAGGGAGAGACAGGGGGUCGGGUGGACAAGGCCUUGGUUCAGCAGAUGGAAGACGCCUACAGCAGUCUAACAGUCAGGCUGCCUGACACAAACCCUGACCUACUCAUACUCUACCAGGACUGGCUGGAGGGACAGGACUCAACGCAUGCCAACACACUCCUACACACGCAGUACACACAGCAGACCCCCAGCCAGACACAGACACACAUACAGUGGUGAGACACACACACACACACAAACCCAAACACACCUCAACAUCCAAAAGCCCAAUCAAUCACUGACCCUCUGUCUUCUAAGGACCCACUGCAGUGGUUUCCAUAGGUACCAUUGUAUAGGCGGGGAUGGCCAGAGGGCCUGGAUGCUGUGUUUGUGUUCCUUUGCUCCCUGCCUAAAGAAUCAUCUCUGGAAAACACCCAUAUAUCCAAGACUUGAUUCUGAACUUCCUUACUCGACCAGAAGGUGGUGCUGUUAUUCCAUCCGAUGUACUGCUCUCGAGUGUUGUGGAGGCUGAUCCACUGCUUUCACCAUUGAGGGGAAAGAGCAAAUAUUUGUGCUUUGUUCCAGAGGGAAUUCAUGAUGUGACAGACACAUUUGUGACAUUGGGAAAACAAUUGUAUCUGAUCCAAGGGGAUGAAGCAGGAAAAAUAUCAAACAAACUGUGUCCUGUUAACAUGUAGUGAAUGUGAAAUCUGUAAGUAGGACUAAAAGCAUUCUUAGAGGUGAUCCAAACACUUGAAAUAAAACCAGUUGUACUUGUAUCAACUGACAAAUGGA